GUUAAAAACAGAAAAGGAGUCACAGCCAUAGACGCGACUAUGACUCAGAGAGACUCUCAGUGGCGACGAAGCUGUCGUUCACGACAGCUACACAACAACGGCAAGAGCUCUGCGGGAGUCGCCUUCUGUCUCGCGCACGUGCUACGUCGUACACUGAAUUCUAACGAGCAGAUCGUAGUUCGGCAGUUCACGUAUACAACGAACGAAGCAGCGAGACAAUCGGUAUUGUCUUCUCCGGAGCACACAAAUACUCUUCUUCAGUUUCGUCUUUAAGUUACAAAAGAAAAUUCAGAGUGUUCAGUGCAAAUGUGCAAUCUUGUGUAAAAAAGGCAAACACUGCCGCUGUGGUAAUUCUUUCGUGAGAAUGAGUAUUAGAUGGAUCCCCAAAUUUGAUAUACGGUGAAAAUAAGCGGCAUGUGUACGAAAAAGCAGGUAACUAGUAACAUUGUUGCGGCUUCACUGAUAGAUAAUCGAAUGAUUCUCUAGCUGCAAAGUAUCGAUAUCUGAUCGUUAUCGAAAAUCGAAGUCCAAUGGCUGUAUACGAAUAUCGAUGCAGUGCCAUAGAUAAACAUUGAUUAUGACAGAUAAUAAACUAUCCAAAAGAAACUUAGUGACGCAUUGCGAUCCGAUAAGAUAGAACGAAAAACAUACGCAAGACUAAAGAUGGUUCUUGAAGAGAACAUUGUCAGCAUUAUACGAGAGCUCGUGCAUUUUCUUGAAUCUCUUGAUAAUGUUGAGUUACCGACCGCGAUCAGUACCAGGCGAGAAAAUCUUCUGUCGCGCUCGAAAAUUGCUAUUUAUGCACUUUCGCUACAGGGAUCUUUACCGACAGAGCAGUAUCUGUCUAUGAGUGUUGGGAAAGAGUUGUCAUUUUUGGAUAAGACUGGUGAGAUAGAAGAAUAUGUGGAUGCUGACAAACCUCAAUCUGAAGUAUCGAAAGAUUAUUAUGAGAGUUUUGCGGAAGUACAGGAGGAACCGAAAACGCCAAUUAAAAAGAAUACGAGUAAAAAUGCAGUAAUAGAUAAUGUAUUAAGUAUAUAUAAGAACUUCUCGGCAGAACAGACCAAAGAUGCAAGUUACAAGUGUGGACCGCUUGAAAUUAGGGGGGGAAAAAAGUUUUUCUUUAUUGAACAAUACCGAAAAUGUUGGGUCGGUCUGGUAGGAACGCAUCUUAUUAUGUACAAAGAUGUAAAGGAUAGUCGUCCUUACGACGUUUUGUCUAUUCGCGAUUACAAAUGUCGUCCAGCACACGAAACAAUAACUAAUGAUCCGCGAAAAAGUGAUAGAGCCUUCGAGAUCUUUAAUCCCGGUAACACGACGAUGCUGUUUAUAGCGCGUUCGCCGAAAGAUAUGGAACAGUGGGUGGCUGCGAUAUGUAAAUUUGGAAGUAACGAGAGUGAUAUGAAAUUGCAAAAUAUCACAAACCACGUGUUCACGGUAAGAACGGCAAAGUCGGAUGUUGCGGUGAAUGAGUUUAUACCAACAGAAAAUUAUCAAGAUGUUGACAUCCGGGAAUCCACUACCGGGGUUAGUCUGAAUCGUUCUGUAAUGAUAGAAAAGAAUACGGAUACAAAAAAAGAAAAUGACAGACUUGAUUCUACGACUAAGGAUACAGUUCAAAAUGAUGAAACUCCGCCACCUUUACCUACACGAUUACCAUGUUUAAUGUCCAAACCAAAAAAGUUCUCAACGUGUUCUUACGAUCCUGUGGAUGAUAUGGACGACGAUAUUUAUCAGAAGAUACAAGAAAUCCCAUAUGAAAAUAUUAGAAAUUCAAAGAGAAAGAAUUCAGAUACAGAAAAGGAUGAUCAGGAACUGUACGAUGACGUACUGACUGUGAUUGAAAAAGAUAGGGCAAUUACGAAGCUUGAAGUUGAAAAGCAAAAAAGUUCGGUGCAGAAUGCUGUGAAAGAUCUAGAACAACAAGAUAUGUAUGACGACGCAGUUUUUGUUCGUUUAGAAUCUAAUGAUCAAAACAAAAAUUCACAAGAGCAAGUUCUUACAAAAUUGUCAAGUGAUGCAUUUCAAAAGAAAUCACCUAAUCUUUCUAAUCAGAGAGAGUCUUUGUGCUAUGACGACGUUCAUGAAGUGAUACCACAAGAAAAGCGGAAAAAACAAAAGCAAAAGGCAAAGGAGGAAUUACAGAGUACGCCACAGGGAUCGUUGCAGAAAAGAUCAAUUCUUAGUAGAGUGAUGAGAAGAGACUCACCGACAAAGGAAGGGAAAAAAAGUAAACCCAAUUCAUCACAAACACCAAUCAAUGUUGAGGAAUUACCAAUCUACGACGACAGUUCUAGUUUAGUGGCGGGUAUUAUUCCUUAUAAUACUGAAAUGCAAAAAUAUACUCCGACUCAAGUGGAGGAAACUUCCGAAUAUAAUUUACCACCUCCACCUAAACCUAUCUAUAAUUCGCCAGCUGUUGCAAACCAGCAAUCGGCACCAAUUGAAGAGUAUUAUUCGGACAUCGCUAACUUGCAAACAAAUGGAAUGGACCAGAAUAAUGCUCCGAUACCGAUUAUUGAUAAAGAAGAACUAAUGGAUUCAGAACAUUAUCAAACACCCAAAAAUGACCCUGUUAUACUUCCUAUUCAAAAUGAAAAUGUAGAAGAGGAUUUGUACGACGACGUCGUGAUCGUAGCUGCAAAGGCAAGAUUGAGGGGAUUGGCUAUGAAAGAAGAAAAAGAAGCAGAUGAUAAUAAGUUUAUCAGUUUGCCUAGUCCAGAAAAAAAUUUAUGGAAUUCGCUCAAAGCUGGUUGGAAAAAUAAAAUGACUGAAGAUUCUAGUUUAGGAAGAAAAUAAAUAAAUAAAACCACUCCUGAGGAAUUGUACGAUGAUUGUCCGUUUUUAAUUAACAACAUUCAUGGCGUUCGCAAAAAAAUUUAAAUAUGCAAUAAAUUUAUCUGAUAAUUUACAUAUAAUAAUAUAAAAGAGAUGUUAUACAGUUGAUUUUACUCAUAGUUAAGCCAUAACUUUUUAUACGUACAAAUGAAAUGUGAAUAUCUGUGAAAUGUAUACAUAUAUGCUCGCACAAUUAUUAUAAUACUGUUUUCCUAAAUAAUGACCAAUUUUAUACCUUAAUUACCAUAAUUUUUGUAAUUAUGCCCUGUGAGCUCCAAUAUAUUUAAUCGACCUCAAAAAGAAUAAUUAUUGUGUCGAUAAGUUAGGUAACUUACGCCUAGCUAGUUGUGUGACACAUAGAUGGAGCUAAGGUCAAUACUUUUCUACCCUUGUUUCUGCUUCACUUUUAGCCCUUACAAACAUUAUUUUAUUUCUACCUUCUGUUAUUACUUACCUCGGAAUUAUAUAGGGGUAUUAGCAAUCUCUACAUUUUUACAUUAUUCAUCCUAGCUUGAAAACAUGUAUAGUACGCAUAGAUUAUAUGCUACGAGAGUCAAUAAAACGAGUCUACCACUAUAAAGCU